AUGGCGCUAAUAGAGACGCUUCCAGGGGCCGGUGGACGAAUUAGGAUGAGGCAGAGGUGAGUAUUUUCUGAUUUUUUGUUUGAAUUUUAGGUUUUUGGAAGCCUUGGUCAAGGUUUCGCAAAAGCUCGGUGUUUUUGUAAAAUUUUCAAUGUGAAAGUUACUUUCUUCAGUUUAAAAGUGAAGAAUAGAGUGUGAUGCAUAAUUUUCAAUCUUUUAGAACUCCUAAACACGACACUUUGAUCCAGAAUUACGCCUUAUACGAGAGGCAUUCCCUAAAUUCCGGCUCCAAAGUCGAAUUAAGCCAGAUCGAAAUGAACGACAGUGGUCGGUUGAUGGCCGUGGCCGACGUGGAAGGUGUGAUCAGCAUCUGGGAGCACACCGAGCACUCAUGGGAGCGGCAAUCCUCUUGGCGAUAUCGAUUCGACCAUCAUCAACCGAGAAUCGUUGAGCUCCCGGAUAAUCCGAUCAAAACCCCACCGUAUCACGACCCAUUCAGCGCCACUUUGCGGCCAAAAAUUGUGUUGAGGUGGGCCCAUUCGAGGCAUGGGAGAUAUUUGGCGGUGGCGGCGUCCAAUAAAAGACGAGUCCAUAUUUUCGCGGAAAAUGGUAAAAAUUUUGAAAAUUUUUGAAAAAAUUUUUUUUGGGUGUUGAUGAAACUUGGCACAAAUUGAGAACAAAAUUUCUUCUAAGACAAAUGUGAGAGUUUUAGCUUUCAUUUGAAGAAAUCAGCGAGAUUUUUAGGUCUGAAAAUGGGCAAAAGUUCAGAUUUUUUUGACUUUCAAUUUGAAAAUUUUAGGCCUUAUUACAAGUGAGGUUCCCAAUUUUUCAAAAAAAAAAUAUUUCUCAGCUUGAUACGAAAAAUUAUUGCAAAAAAAAAAAUUUUUUGUCUGUACCUUCGCUAAUAAAGCCUGAAAUUUUCAAUUUGAAAAUCAAAAAAACUGAACUUUUGCUCAUUUUCAGGUCUAAAAAUCUCGCUGAUUUCUCAAAUUGAAAGGCAAAAUUCUCAUAUUUGUCGUAGGAAGUUCUGUUUUAAAUUUGUGCCAAGUUUCAUCAAAAUCUCACCAUUUUUCUGGCCAAAAAUUAAUUUUUUUUCGAAAAAUUUUAAUAUUCAAAAACUCAAGAAUUGACUGAAAAUUGAAAAAUCAGUGUGAUCCUGAAGUAAUUUGUUGCCCAAAUUCCAGAAAAGGACCGAAUCGAACAGGCGGCCCACAUAAAUAUGCGCCGAAUUGUCCCGCUGAUCCGCUGGCACCGAAAACAUUCGAUGGCGUCGGCCGCCAACGUCACCGAAAUGCAGUUCUGCCCCCCACACAUGGACAUGGAGCUGGCGACAGCCACACAAACCGGCGUAGUCGUCAUCCAUACCCUCGAAAAUCAACGCGACAUCACUUCUUGGCGCCCGAUUAUGGCGAUUCAAGUGUUCCCAAACCAAACAAUUAAUAGUUUAACGUGGAAUAGGAACCCCGUCCACGAACUGGCAAUCCUGGUAGCGUCCACGAAUGCCCUGGAUUCGAGAUCGGACCAGAGAAUCGCGAUCUUCCCGAGAAAAAACGAUCCAGUGUGGGUUUUGAUCGUGUUUUAGGCAAAUUUUGGGUUUUUUUGAAAGUUUUGGUGUUUAAAAAAGGUGGUGGAGAAGGACUAAGUCUCUAAAAGUGUGGUAAAGGCUUUUUUGUUGGGAUAAAAGUGGCAUUUUACCAAGAUUUUUGAAAUUGAUAUUAUUUUAGACGAUUUUGAUGGGUUUUAGGGAAUUUUUAAUAUUUUUUGGAUCUUUUUCGGAUGGAAAAUGAUAUGUAGAGGAAAGAUAAGGCAGUUGGAUUAUAAUAAAGGCCUUUUUAAUUUGAGAAAAGUCGUAUUUUAGCUAGAUUUUUGGGAUUUUUUUUUGUGAUUUGGAUGAUUUUAGGCGAUUUUGACGAAAUUUCUGAAAUUUUUAGAGGUGUUCUUUAUGGUAAAAUACGCGCUUUCGUAUCUUCAUGAUAUACCACUCUUGUAAAAUUUUUAAAAAAUCGCAUUUUUCAGCACCCCCGAACAGAACAUGCACUUUGACAUGGACAACCACGUCAGUUGCGUCUCGUUUGCCCCAUCAAACGGCCUGAACGAGAGUAUUUUGGCCAUUGGCGUUGGCCGUCGCAUAUUUUUGCACACUUUUGUCAUUGCUGAAACGGCCGUGGGAGAGAAGGACGGCGAGUUGGUGUUCCCGGAAGACUUCUCGGACAAGAAGGAACCAGAAAAGAGGACUCAAAUCCCCCCACCGUCCAGCUCCCUCCCCCAAUCACAUUCGAAUUUACCCCUGCCGAUCCAACGAAUCCGCCAAAAUCAUCCCCCGCAUUCGUCGGCCAGUCCACGCCCAGUCACCGGUGGCCAUAUGGGAAAGAAUUUGAUCGUGGGCUCGGUGGAUUCGGACUCAUCCCCGAUUUUACCCUCCCAGUUCUUCGAUGGAAGCCAUAAGGAUGAGCGGUUUGUAUGGUAAGCGGGAGUUUGCACUGUGCGAAAAUUUGGAAGUCUUAUUGCACGGUGCAAAAAAAUUGUUUUGCUUUUUUUGCACUGUGCGGAAAAAAAUUUUUUUUUUGCACAGUGCAAAAAAAGCUUUUUUGACUUAUUUUGCACGGUGCAGCGGCGACAAAGACUCUUUUUUUAUUGCACGGUGCAAAAAAAAUGUUUUUUGCACAGUGCGGCGAAAAGCUUUCUCGACUUUUUUGCACGGUGCAACGGCGACAAAGACUCUUUUGUUUGUUGCACGGUGCAAAAAAAUUUUUUUUGGGUUUCCGCCCUGUGCGGCGAAGUUUUUUCGACGUUUUUGCACGGUGCAGCGGCGACAAAGAUUUUCGUUUACUGCACAGUGCAGAAAAAUAUUUUUUGGUUUAUUGCACAGUGCGGAAAAAAGUUUUGCCGUUUGCAGUGGGAAAAAAGAGGGUUCCUUUUUUUGCACCGUGCAAAAAUAAAUAAAUUUUUUUCCAGCAACGACGAAUCGAGACAUCAAGAGAAUGAAGACGAAAUUGAGCAGAAUAACGGGCCCAUCGAAGAACUGCGCGGUCAUUUUGACGAAGGUUACGAAGAAACGACUGACGAGGAAAAAGAAACUGACACCGACAUGUAUAAAUUGUUGAGAUGGGAGUUCCCCAGGAUCGCGGUGUUCCGAGAAUCGAGUGCUGUGAGGAGUAUUCAUUGGAACACAAACCCAGAUGGAUUCACUGCCGAGUUUUGCGAUGGAAAACUCAGGAGUUAUAAGUGUAAGGAGGGCGGGGCUUAGAUCUAAUAAAAACACCCAGAAACUCGAAAAAUUACCCUAAAAGGCUUGCACAAAAAACUUUAUAAGCAAGUGAAAUACCCCAAACAACGUUUUUACAAUCCAAGCAGACUCUUAAAAAACGCACAUCCUUUACUCGAUGAAAAUUCCAAAAAAUUCAAAACAAAAAUUUUGGGCUCAGCCGGUGAUCGAAACCGGGGCCUCUCGCACCCAAAGCGAGAAUCAUACCACUAGACCACUGAGCCGCGCUGCUCCGAGCCGAAGAAAUCGCAAUGGAUUCGGCGAAAGAAGAAACAAAAAAUCCGGUUUCUGAAUCGCUGACCACUCGGGAAAGCUAAUCACUGCUGGAUGUUCUGCGAUUUUCUCGAGCAACCGAAGCGCGGCUCAGUGGUCUAGUGGUAUGAUUCUCGCUUUGGGUGCGAGAGGCCCCGGUUUCGAUCACCGGCUGAGCCCAAAAUUUUUGUUUUGAAUUUUUUGGAAUUUUCAUCGAGUCUGUAAAGGAUGUGCGUUUUUUAAGAGUCUGUUUGGAUCGUAAAAACGUUGUUUGGGUAUUUCACUUGCUUAUAAAGCUUUUUGUGCAAGCCUUGGUCUCUUUUCGAUUUUUGCUAUUUUUUCGGAAGUUCUUCAAAAAUGUCGAAUAAUUCCAUGGUAAAAUACGUGAAAAUCAAGUGCCCUUUUUUUGAACCUCCCCAAUUAUUAACCCUUUCUUUUCUAGGGGCAUUUGGCUGUGUAUGGAUCAAAAGCGCCGAGCUGUAUCCAAUGCCAUCAAGACCUUCAAUUAGGACCUAA